CUCUCCGCGCAUUGCAUUGUGGGAUGACAUCACCUCCUCCUGAUGUGCUGGUGCAGUCGCAAGACACAGAAGCAUCUUCCCUUCACACACACAUAUAUGUUAUCAGCAAAGGUACCCUACUAUGGCAGACAAGAGUGAACUCAAAGCUGAGCUGGAACGGAAAAAGCUACGGUUAGCACAGAUCAGAGAAGAAAAAAAGAGAAAAGAGGAGGAGAAGAAAAAGAAAGAUGGUGAUUUCAAGAAAGAGACUCCUUCUUCACAGGUUGAGUUGGACCUGGAGAGAAAACGUAAAGAAACUGAAGCACUACUUCAGAGCAUUGGCAUAACUACAGAGCCCUCCAUAGUGCAGCCGCUGCGGACAGUAACUGGAGACACCUGUUUGUUCAAUUAUUUAGUCCAUUCUCCUAUUUCCCCAUCGAACAAAUCGCUGGGAACGCCAAGUGAGUCUGAGAGCCAGGAAUCUGUGGAGGGCACAGUUGGAGCCCGGACGCUGCAGUGGGAUACAGAUCUAUCUGUGCUUCAACUUCAGACUGAUUCUGAAAUGCGCCAUCACCUGCAAAAACUAGGAAUAGCCAGAAUUACCCAUGUGGAUAUUGCACCUUGUGAACGUCUGGCACACUGUAAGGAAACACAGACACCAGUGGCUGCUAAACCAGAUGAAGAAAAACAGGAAACAGUGGUUCCUGUGACAGCUAUAACUGAAGCAGAGACUGAAACACCUGAGGAAACCCAAGAGGAGAGAGAGGAAGGGCAUCAAGUGAAUCGGCAUGACCUAACUGAGGAUGAAAAAGAAAAAAUUCUUCAAUCAGAUGCAUUUCGGUCCUUCUUUGACCAGACCUCUAGGGUGAUUGAGCAAGCCCUUACUGAACAAGUUGACAUCUUCUUUGACUACAGUGGACGCAACCUCGAUGACAAAGAAGGAGAGGUCCAAGCGGGAGCCAAGCUGUCACUGAACAGGCAGUUUUACGAUGAAAAUUGGUCAAAGGAUCGUGUUGUUACUUGUCUGGAUUGGUCACAGCAGUAUCCGGAACUAUUGGUUGCAUCAUAUACCAACAAUGAAGAUGCUUUGAAUGAACCUGAUGGUGUAGCCCUUAUAUGGAACAUGAAGUUUAAGAAGACCACCCCAGAGUAUAUCUUUCAUUGCCAGUCAAAAGUUAUGUCUGCCUGCUUUGCACAGUUUCAUCCAAACCUUAUGGUGGGUGGAACAUAUUCUGGUCAGAUUGUUCUUUGGGAUAAUCGCAGUAACAAGAAGACGCCCGUACAGCGGACUCCAUUGUCUGCUGCAGCUCACACGCAUCCUGUUUACUGUGUGAAUGUCGUUGGCACUCAAAAUGCUCAUAACUUGGUCAGCGUUUCCACUGAUGGAAAACUGUGUACCUGGAGUCUGGACAUGCUGUCUCAGCCACAGGAUAGUAUUGAGCUGGUACACAAGCAAUCAAAGGCAGUUGCUGUAACCUCCAUGUCCUUCCCACUGGGAGAUAUCAAUAACUUUGUCGUGGGCAGUGAAGAAGGCUCAGUGUAUACAGCUUGUCGCCUUGGCAGCAAAGCUGGAAUCAUUGAGAUGUUUGAAGGACACCAGGGCCCAGUGACAGGGAUCCAUUGUCACACAGCAGCGGGAGCAGUAGACUUCUCCCACCUCUUUAUCACUUCAUCAUUUGACUGGACUGUGAAGCUUUGGUCAACUAAGAACAACAAGUCAUUGUAUUCCUUUGAGGACAGUUCAGACUAUGUGUUUGAUGUCAUGUGGUCUCCUAUCCACCCUGCACUCUUUGCAUGCGUUGAUGGAAUGGGUCGACUCGAUCUUUGGAAUUUGAAUGAAGAUUCUGAGGUUCCUACUGCAAGUGUCACCAUGGAGGGAAACCCUGCAUUACAUCGUGUACGCUGGGCACAGUCAGGGCGAGAGAUUGCCGUGGGAGAUUCUGAAGGACAAGUGUUGAUUUAUGAUGUUGGUGAGCAAAUUGCUGUUCCCCGGAACGAUGAAUGGAACAGCUUUGCCCAAACUCUUGUUGACCUUAAGGCAAAUGGAAAUGAAGCAGAGGAGGAAGCAACAACAGGUCUCUUAGCAUAAACAGGUUAUUAUAGAGGCUUUUCCACCUCCUCUCAGUUUAUUAGCGGAAGAAACUGCUUCCGUUUUUACUAGUGCAAAUAAGCUUUCCCUAUUGCCUCUCCUCACUAAUCGAUCAUGUAGAGGGUAUAAUAUGUGGAUUGUGCCAAUUUACUCGUGAUUCAAUAUUCCUUCAGGACUUCCUACAUAGCUGGUAACAUGCUUUCUGCUCAUUCGUCUGGUUAAAGUCUCGAGUGUUGCUUGUGAAUAAGCCCUCCUGUGUAUGUUCUAUUAAUAAUUAUAUCUAGGUUUCUUGUUGCUCUUCCAGUAACCUAAGGCAGCAGUUUCCAACCUUUGAGCAGUAGAGCAGAUCUGUAUGCCAUUAUUAGUGAGUGGGCCCACAUAAUUACCCUUGGGUUGGAAAGAAUCAUGAUUCAACAACAUGUUGUGCUUACAUUCUUGCAACAGAACCUUUCAUCAUAUACCAUGAAAAUUUGGAGGAAGAUAUUCUGGGCUGCUAAUACUUAGAAACACCUCUAUUACAGUGCUGAGUUACUGACACUUACCUGAGCCUCAAACUCCAGUGACUGCUGUCACUUCCAGCUUCUUCUCCCAGUUCUUCCAUGCUGUGCUCUCUGCUACUAGAUAAUUGGGCAAAGAAUACAUCAAAAAGUACUCACUUAUUUUGUAAUGUAGUAUUAUUACAUUCCGAUGGUGCAAAUCAUCACAUUUCUUCAUCUGGCCAAAAAUACUCCAGAUUUCUUUGGCACUUAAAAUUUCCCACGUAACUUGCAAGCAUCUAGAAUCAAUAGGAAAUUUACACAUGAAGGAGGCCAGGCAGCUAUCAAUUAUGUCCCAGUCGAAAUAAACUGCCCGGCCUAAUCCCCAUCCCUGUUGGUUGCAGAAAUAUGGGGAGGGGUUUCUGUCUCUCCCAGCCUUUCAGGAGGUGAGUUCCAGACCCCCAGCACCCUCUGGAUAAAAACAUUUUUCCUCAUUUCCCCUCUAUUCUUUCCACCAAUUACUGUUAAGCUCUGUCCCCUGAUUAUUGACCCCUACCCUGAGAAAUAAGUGCUGCCUAUUUACUCCAGGUAGCCCCUGAUAAUUUUAUACACCUGAAUGAAGUUACCCUCCUCUGUUCCAAUAACCUUAGCUUAUCCCAUCUUUCGUCAAUUUAAAAUUAACCAGACUGGGCAAGGUUUAAACUACUGGUAAUCUGAAAGCAUUCUUAGUCCACUGUGCUUUUUAUGUAAGUGUGCUGUUGGAGAUUGUUGAGAUGCACAUGUUAGCCCAGUUGUAAGUGUAGUUCACAAGUUAGGGAGGUGUGAAUUGGAUUAAAGAAAUUCCCUGCUCAAAAUACUAAAUGCUGGAGGAACUCAGCAGGUCAGGCAGCAUCUAUGGAGGGAAAUGGACAGUCAACAUUUUGGAUCUGAAAUUCCCCGCUGGCAGAUGGGUUGGGAGGAGAGCGGGUCAAUUGAUCUGUGUGGGGUUCCACACAAGAAGAAAAUCACUUUUCAGGAAACUUCUGAACAGCUUGCAGCUGUCCCGUUUGAGGGUACAAUGCUAAACACUCAGUACCAAUGGGCAUGUCACUGACUGCACCCAUUGGGUUCCCACGUAGGUCAUACAUUUGGCACAUUGGAAUGGGGAUCCUGCCUGAAUCAGGCUGGUGCCUGAGCAAUUCCUGCAGAACCCCACCAGGUGGCAGGCAGGAAAUGAGGAGGUACAUACAGCAUUCAAAUAAUCGGAGACUUCAAAUGUAUGUCCACAUUACAUUUUACCACUAUAGGAAUAUUGGAACAAGCAACUCAAAUACCAUUUCACACAAACUAUAAAUCUAUCAGAAGGAAAGGAUUGUUGGAAGUUUGCUUUUUUAUGAUGGGAAUGCACAAUUCAUUUGGAUCUGCUGCUCAUUUGUCCAAGUGUGUGCUCCAAGCUAUUUUAAACACUAAGGUACAACAAGUAUUCUGUUUUAAGUUCAGGCUUGCAUUGGCAUUCCAAGAGAAGGUGGUUGGGUAUUUUGUGUUUGGUUAUUUGAUUGUAUUUUCUAGCAAGGAAAUCAGGAAAUGGUAUCAUGCCCCCACCCCCUCUGAUUCCUCUUCUGUUUUGGUGACAGACCACCUCUACAGGCCAGCAGUAUGCAUUUUUCCAUUGUUGGCCGGGAUAAACAUUCCUUCAAUGUCCACAGUCGGGCAUUUUGAAAGCACCUGCUGUGUCUAGUUGCAGCUUCUUCCAAUUCACAGCUCGGCUUUUGAAUAUUUGCCCAUUGUUUCCACUUUCUGGAAUCCAUCCUUUACAGUGAAUGGAUGGGUUCUGGACCCUCAGCUCAGUAAGCAACUGCCUAGAACGAUUCAACGGUAUAAACAAACAAAUCUGAGACCUCUUUACUACAAAUACACUUGUCACCUGAAAGAACUCUGAGAAGUGUCUGCAUCUGAAAACCUCCUGACUGGUUGCUGAAUCAGCAAAGACUAACUGUUCAAAACACUGUAGACUGUGGAGGUUCAGAUUCUUUAGAUCUCGCCCAAUUCAUUCUUCAGAUAUUUGCUAAACCUCCAAUCUCAAACACAUUCCAGGAUGAUGGGGAGAGACUUUUCUUGCUUGCUUUGUAAAGCUCAAGUCUCUGAUACAUCACCUAUGAAAGCCACUGCUCUCAGUAUAUCAUGAAGCCAUUAACAAAGUGAAGGUUUAUUUUAAUUGCACUUUAAAUUUAAUGAAAGAUGUUUCAUUUUCAAAUGAUUUUGACUGAAUACUCUGAGCAACAAGAGGAUUUAAACAUCAUUAUGUCCACCAGAACAUUUUUUCAGUGAUGUCCACUGGUCUUUACAGUUCCUUCAGUGAACCACCAACCAAAUAAGAUUGACAAAUUCCUAGUAUCCAGGGUCUUUAGGUGAUUCUUUUUGUUACCUAUUUAGAGAAACACAAAAGGAGUUUGCAAAGGGUUGUAAUCAGGUAAAGACAGUGAAGGAAAAAUAUAGCAAUUGGGGUAUAGUUGGAGAUGUGAGGUUGUUCAUUUUGCCGGGAAGAAUAUUGUUUCAGUAGUGUGAGAAAAAUGAAUGUUGGUGUUCAUAGAGAUCUUGGGGUCCUCUUGCAAGAAACUCAGGUACAGUAAAUAAUUAGGAAGGUUAGUGGAAUGUUGGCUGAAUUGUAGGAGGCAUGGAAUACAUAGUAAGGAAGUCUUAUAACAAUAUCACAGGGAUUUGAGACCACACUAAGGGAAUUGUAUGAUGGAGACACGAGAUUCUGCAGAUGCUGGAAAUCUGGGGCAACACACACAAAAUUCUGGAGGAACUCGGGGUCAGGCAGCAUCUAUGGAGGGAAAUGAGCAGUCCAUGUUUUGGACCAAGACCCUUCAUCAGGACAAGCUGAAGGGUCUCGGCACGAAACGUUGGCUGCUCAUUUCCCUUCAUAGGUGCUGCUUGGCCUGCUGAGUUCCUCCAGCAUUUUGUGUGUUGCUGAGGGAAUAAUAUGUAGUUUGUCUUAAGGAAGAAUGUAUGGUUUGGUGGUAAUGGAACGAAGUUUCAUAAGAUUGAUUCCUUGGAUGGAGAUGUUGUCUUGUGAGGAAAGAUUGUGUAGACUGGGCUUAUCUUCCAUGAAGCUUGGAAGGAGAAGUGAUCUCACUGAAACGUAUCGCUAGCAGGUUUCACAGGGUAGAUAUGUUCAGACCGCAUAUGUGAGAAUUGAAACAAAGCUAAUGUUUCAGGUUAGAGACCCUUCAUCAGAACUGGGAAGAACACAAAAAACAGCUUGUUAAGUUGCAGGGAGGGGAGGGGUGCCUCUGAUAGGGUAAUACUGGGGCGACCAAGCUGUAAACAGGGUUAUCUGGUCAGUGAGUGAAUGGGAGCAGUUGGGGAGUAAGAACAUAGACAAAGGAAUGUAAAAGUUGCAAAAUGCAGAGUGGGAUGUCAUGCCCGGCAGAUCAGGCUGGGAAUCUCCUCCAUUCCCAGAGAGAAAAAAAUGUGGGAAUAGGAACAAACCAAUGUCACAGAGACCAAGAAAUCAAGUUAUCUGAAGUUGUCGAAUUCGAUACUGUGUCCAGAAGGCUGCAAUGUGCCCAGAUGGAAGUUGAGGUGAGGAUGUUUCCUUCUGGAGGCAUCUAGAUCUAGUCUCGGGUCAGCCACUUCAGGUGGAGAUGAGAAGGAAUUAUUUUUCUGAGGAUUGUGAAUCUUUGGAAGUCUCUCUCCCAGACAAGCAUGGAGGCUGAGUUACUAAGUAUAUUUAAGGCUGAGAGAAUCGGAUUAUUGGAUUACAUGGGAAUUGAGCAUUUUGUGGACCAGGCAGGGAAGUGGAGUUGAGACCAAGGAUCAGAUUGGUCAUGACCGGAAUGGUAAGGCAAGUGAGAGGGCUGUCUGGCCCACUCCUGCUCCUCUUCCGUAUUAUCUAAAUGUUUAAUUCAGUAGAUAAGAUAUCUUUAUUAAUCACAUGUACAGCACUCGGAGGAAACACACUAUCAUGUACCUACUACUUUAAGCCAUUUUAAUAUAAUGCUUUUUAUGACAAUUAUAAAGAAUGGAAGAGCAUCUUGUAAUAUGGAGUUAGUGAUGCAGAAAAUAUACUUGUGAAAGGGAGACAUUGCGUAAAAAUGCACCCAUUUAUGAUCAGGGCUCAACAAAUUUUGGCAGCGUGCUGUAGAAUGAUGAACUUGUUGAAUGAGCACUUCCCGAAUGAUGUCAAGUGACUGUCUCCAUCUGCUCCAUGGAGAUGGGCUGGGGAGCAUGAUUUCCUAAUGUGGUGUCAUGUCAGCAUGUUGAGGCUGAGGGACUAGUAUGUGUCAGAUCACAAGAUUAAAUGGGGCAUGUUAAGAAUUUUUCUAUUCCUAAUCUGAAAGAUUUUUAAAUAGUUUGGUCAUGAGCAAUUAUUUUAUUGCAUCUGCUGUAGAUUUGGAAUAAAGGUGAAAAUGUUAUAGCAAGGUUUCAAAAGCACUUAAACUGAUGCCCUCUCUCAAAAUAAGCAAACACCAUCAAAUGUUAUUAAAUCUUUUUAAAAACUUCUAUGCAAUGAAACUACUUUAUUGUUGUUCUUGCAUUCACUGUUGCCUCUGUGUAGUAGCUGGCUUUCAGAUCUCCUUGCAUAUUAAAAGUAGCCACCUUUAGCUUGCCACCUCUCCCUGCUGAGGUAGUGUACUGAUCAUGGACACAAACUUCUGUUUUCAUUCCAUGAUGCAUAAUAUAACACAACAAAUAUAUCAUUCCCUAGGACAACUGACCAGAUUUGUAUUUUGUUCUGUCACGAGUAGAAAUAUUUUUAUUUAAAAUGCUGUUUCUAUUGAUAAAUGGAAUAUCUCCGUGUGUGUGUGUGUGUGUGGGAACUAGUUCAACAAUAUGGGAUCAAAUAAUUUAAACUGUACUUGUACUUGGCAAAGUUUGGUUGGUGGUUUAACAAAAGGUGGGAAGAACAGACUUCUCCACAUACCCUUUAAGCAGGAUUGCUAUCUGUGGUAUCAUUACAAACAGAAACAAAAUCAGGAUGGGAUCAGGUUCCCAUGCAGGUUGCAGUACUUUCGGUCCAAGUAACCACUGAGGCUAACAUCCACACAUGUAGCUUUGUUCACCUUAUUUGCUUUGUAUGCCAUUUGCUCGGUUAAUUUAAGACGAAAGCUGGAAAAUAUGACAAGUGCAUCUUUUGCUUGGGAUCUUGGAUGUUUCUCAGUGUUUCAACAAAAUUCUUCACUAUCUGCCUUAAUAUUGGCUGCAUGGCUGCAUUGGUGUUUGAACAGAAAAACUUCCUAGCCUACUCUACUGGUUUAACUACACUGAUGUUAAGUAGCGCUUAACUGUUCACAUCUCAAAGCUUGAUUCUAAAAAAAUAUAGCCUGGUGGAUUUUUUGCAAGUGUUAAGAAAUUAAAAAUAUGUAAUGUAUAUGUGUGUUUUUGCUGCAAUAAUGUGUAAUUUGAAUUUAAAAUUUGUCUAAUUCUAUUUAAAAUGCAUAUCAAUGCUUAUUAAAAAGAUGUUAAAUAUUUUAUCUUAAUAGCUAUGGCAUUUCAAAAAGCAAUUCAUUGUGUAUGAAGCACUUUAAAACAUUUAGACAAAAGCUGGUUAUAUAAAUGGAGAUAUUUUAAUGCAUUUUUGCUGACACUAUAGUACAUUUCUCCCUCCCACAAACUAGCUGUGAAGUACAAGAAAUAUCUUGUUCCUAAUGAGAUUUUUCAAUCAAUGUAUUGCUAGCAUUAUGAGUGCAAAUAAAGUACAGAACAUUCCUUCAAUAUGAAUAA